AUGAAGUGGCUUUUGUUAUUAUGCGGGGCACUAAGCCUGAGUUUAACAACGGCGGGUUCCAGCUACAACUUCUUCCGUCUACCGACGGCUCUUCGACCCCAAAAGUACGACCUGCGCAUCCUGACAAUAUUGGAAGAUCUUGAGGAUCUUCGUUUCAACGGAACUGUGAAAAUUCAAAUCGAAGCCCUGCAGAACACCAAUAACAUAACGCUUCACUCGAAGGAUCUGGCUAUCAACGAUACCCAAAUUACUCUUCGCCAAAUUAGCGGCGAAGGCAAUCCGGAUAACUGCAUUACCUCUACCGAAAUAAAUCCCACCCACGACUUUUAUAUUCUCAACACCUGCCAAGAACUCUUAAGUGGCCAUGUCUACGAGCUGAUUUUGCCCUUUUCAGCGAAAUUACAAGAACAGUUGGCUGGCUAUUACCGAAGUUCCUACGAGGAUCCUGUGGCCAAUGAGACCAGAUGGAUCUCCAUUACCCAAUUCGAACCGGCUUCGGCUCGACUGGCAUUUCCCUGCUUCGAUGAGCCUGGCUAUAAAGCACCCUUUGCGAUCACCUUGGGCUAUCACAAGAAGCUCACUGGACUCAGCAAUAUGCCCGUGAAGGAAACAAAGCCACAUGAGUCGCUUCCCGAUUACGUAUGGACCCAGUUCCAGGAGUCAUUGCCAAUGUCGACCUACCUGGUAGCGUAUUCCAUAAACGAUUUCUCCCAUAAGCCAUCAACUUUACCGAGUGGCACUCUUUUCCGCACUUGGGCCAGACCUAAUGCCAUCGAUCAGUGUGAUUAUGCCGCUGAGUUUGGACCAAAAGUACUGCAAUACUAUGAACAAUUGUUCGGAAUCAAGUUUCCGCUUCCGAAGGUCGAUCAGAUCGCCGUACCCGACUUUAGUGCGGGUGCCAUGGAGAACUGGGGUCUGGUCACCUACUCGGAGAGUUUACUUCUGUACUCCGCUGAGUAUUCCUCGCAGGAAGACAAACAGGAGCUGGCGAAUACAGUUGCCCAUGAAUUGGCACAUCAGUGGUUUGGAAAUUUUGUCACCAUGAAUUGGUGGAAUGAUCUUUGGCUCAACGAGGGAUUCGCCACUUAUGUGGCUAGCUUGGGCCUGGAGAACAUCCAUCCGGAAUGGCGAUCCAUGCAGUUGGAGUCGGUGUCCAACAUGCUAACCAUUUUCCGAAGGGACUCCUUGGAAAGUAGCCAUCCCAUUUCGAGACCCAUUGAAAUGGUCUCGCAGAUUUCCGAGAGCUUCGAUGAUAUCUCGUACGAGAAAGGAUCUUCAGUUCUGCGCAUGAUGCACUUGUUCCUGGGAGAAGAGUCAUUCCGGACUGGCCUGAAAUCGUAUCUGGAAAGAUACGCUUAUAAGAAUGCGGAGCAGGAUAAUCUUUGGGAAUCACUUACUCAAGCAGCCCAUAAAAUUGGUGCUCUACCAAAGGACUAUGAACUUAAGAUAAUCAUGGACUCGUGGACCCUGCAAACUGGAUAUCCCGUAAUCAACGUAACACGUGACUAUACGACAAGGACUGCGAAACUCACACAGGAACGCUACCUUCUAAAUAGCAAUGCAUCUGGGAUACACCGAAAUGGAUGCUGGUGGAUUCCACUGACCUACACGACCCAGGAGGAAAAGGACUUUAACAACACGGCACCCCAGACGUGGAUGGAGUGCAGCGAGUCAGGCGACAGUCUCCCAAAGACAAUUAAGGAUCUGCCUGGACCAGAUCAGUGGGUGAUCUUCAACAACCAGCUGUCAUCGCCUUAUAAGGUCAACUACGAUGCCCAGAACUGGAAACUCUUGAUCGAUACUUUGAACAGCGAUGAGUACGAUACCAUCCACGUGGUAAAUAGGGCCCAGCUUAUAGAUGAUAUCUCGUACUUCGCUUGGACGGGAGAGCAGGACUACGAUGUCGCACUUAAAUUGAUUAGUUAUGUGGAAAGGGAACGGGAGCUCCUUCCCUGGAAAUCGGUUUUUGACAAUUUAAAGGCUGUAAAUGGCAUUUUCCGACAAACGCCAAACUUUAAGUUUUUCAAGCGCUACAUAAGGAAGCUGAUUACCCCGAUAUACGAGGAUCUCAACGGAAUCAACGAUACAAAUCCUGCAAUUCAACAGCCGGAUCAGAUCCUUUUGAAGACGAUGGUGGCGAACUGGGCGUGCUCGUACCAGGUAUCCGAUUGCGUAACCCAGUCGCUAUCAUACUUCCGCAGUUGGCAAUCGGAGGCUAAUCCCGACGAGAAUAAUCCAGUGCCCAUCGCCUUUCGUAGCAUCGUGUACUGCACUUCUAUUGAGCAUGGAACUGACGAGGAUUGGGAGUUCCUAUGGACGCGGUAUCAGAAGGCAAAUGUGGCGACCGAAAAGGAAACCAUCAUGGAUUCUCUGGCUUGUUCGCUGGAGGUGUGGCAACUGCAGCGUUAUCUAGGGAGGAUUUUCGAUGCAAAGGGAGCCAUUCGAAAGCAGGAUUCAGCCGGGGUUUUCCAAUCAAUUGCCUCCACCAAUAUAGGCUUUCUGUUGGCCAAAAAGUACUUGAUGGAAAAUGUGGACUCAAUCUCCGAGUUCUACCAUCCUCAAUCUGAGUACAUGGCUGAGUUUUUAGCGCCGCUUUCCGAACAAAUCUUUACCAGGAAGGACUACAAUGAGUUUAAAACCUUUAUCGUAAAUUCUAAAAAAGUGUUCAAGGACGUAGAACAGGCAACUAGUCAAGCUUUGGAGAUAAUACUGACCAACGUGCAAUGGAAGGAGCGAAAUUAUGAAAAAUUCACCCUUGCUCUUCAAAAGCUUCUGAACACUUUCUAG